CCGGAAGCAAAUGCCGCCGGACCCGGGAACCCUCCGCGGGGCGAUGGCGGUGUGGCGGCUGGGGCAGGCCCCCGCCCGCUCUGCCUGGAGGAGCGUCCUCGCGGUGCCCCUGCGCGCAGGGCCGGCCUGGAGGCCGGGCAGGUGUGGCAGUUCGGCCGCAGAAGCGCCUGCCACCAAAGCGGAAGAUGACUCCUUCCUCCAGUGGUUCCUGCUCCUCAUCCCAGUGACGGCCUUCGGCCUGGGGACGUGGCAGGUCCAGCGUCGGAAGUGGAAGCUGAAGCUGAUCGAAGAGCUCGAGUCUAGGGUCAUGGCCGAGCCUGUCCCUCUGCCCGCAGACCCGAUGGAGCUGCAGAACCUGGAGUACAGGCCCGUGAGGGUCCGCGGGCACUUUGACCACUCCAAGGAGCUGUACUUGAUGCCCCGGACCCUGGUGGACCCAGCCCGGGAGGCCCGGGCAGCCGGCCAGCUCUCCUCCUCGGUCCAGAGCGGCGCCCACGUCGUCACGCCUUUCCACUGCAGCGACCUGGGGGUCACCAUCCUGGUCAACAGAGGGUUCGUCCCUCGGAAGAAGGUGAACCCCGACACGCGGCAGAAAGGCCAGGUCGAGGGGGACGUGGAGCUCACUGGGAUAGUGCGGCUGGCAGAGACCAGGAAGCCUUUCGUCCCCGAGAACAGUCCAGAAAGGAACCACUGGCACUACCGGGACCUGGAGGCCAUGGCCAAGUUCACGGGCACAGAGCCCAUCUUCAUCGACGCGGACUUCAGUAGAGAGCACAGUGCCCGGGGGGCCCAUCGGAGGGCAGACCCGGGUCACCCUGCGCAACGAGCACAUGCAGUACAUCAUCACAUGGUACGGACUCUGUGCGGCCACGUCCUACCUGUGGGCAAAGAAGUUCCUGCGUGGGACUCGGGGCACGUGACACUAUCGGACGGGCACCCCGAGUUCAGGGGGUCCAGUCUCAUGCUGGCCACACAGUCAUAUGAAUAAACCCCUGGCUGCUACCCA